UGUAUCCACUACAGGCCUGUUCAGAUUCAGCAGAUACUGCGUGUCAGCAGAGGGGUGGAGCUUCAGUUGUUCAGGGAGGAUUUAGGUAACAUUAAACCCCUCCUCCACUCCACUAGUUCCAGCAGUUUUGUUGGAAUACUGUCUCGAGGUCUGCUGCUGCCCAGGGUUGGAGUUGAACAGCAUGGAAUUGAGAGGACGGAUAUCGGCAAUCUUGGAGGAGGAAUCUACUUCAGUGACUCUCUGAAGACUAGUGUGAAAUACUCCAAGCCCAGUGUAACUGACGGCUCUCGGCUGCUGUUGGUGUGUGAAGUGGCGUUGGGUCGGUGUAAGGACCUGCUGAAGAAAGACACCACUUUGACUUGUGCUCCUGACGGCUACCACAGUGUACAUGGAGUCCGCCGCUCUCCCAACAGACUCUCUGAAUUUGAGGAUGAUGAGUUUGUCGUCUAUAACACAGAGCAGAUCAGACUGAAAUAUCUGGUCCAGUACAGUCUGGAGGGGGACGAGUUAAAAGAGUUCCAGCCUCAUAUUAACACUCAGCUCACGCAGAUCACUGACACAGCGCCUGAUAUCUUGUCCAGUGAUGACAGUGAGGGUUUGGAGUCCACUAAGAAUCCUCUGGAGGAGAUGAACGCAGGUUUGUUGGACAGCAGUGGUCAGAAACUUCCUCUACAUGCUGUCAAUGUGAGGUGUAAGCUGAUGGACCUGCUGUGUCAGGUCAUCAUUUUUCAGACCUACACAAACCAGAGUGCUGUUCCCAUUGAAGCAAAGUAUGUCUUUCCACUGGAGGAGACGGCAGCAGUGUGUGGAUUUGAAGCCUUUAUCACUGGGAAACAUGUCAUUGGAAAGGAUGUAUUUACUAUCAGUGUGGGGAAUCUUCCUCCUGGAGCCACAGUUCUGAUCAAGGUGACGUUCAUCACUGAGCUGCUGGUCAGAUCAGGCUCUAUAAUCUUCUCACUGUCUGGCAGCGUGGCACCAUGGCAACAGAGCGCCGCCCUUAAUCAGACAACUCAGGCAACUGUUGAAAAGAUUGGUGUGACGGAGCUUCAGUCAGAGGGGGAGUUUUCUCUGUCCAUGUCCAUUGAAAUGCCUUAUGAGAUCAUCAACUUGAGCUCUUCACACCGCAUCAAAACCAAGAGGACAGACUGUAAGGCAGUGAUCAGCACGUUUCCGGGACAGACUCUGGGAUCUGAAGGGUUACAUGUGUCCUUCAGUCUUUCUAAUAUCCACAUGCCCAGGAUGUGGGUCGAGAACCAUCCGGAUAAAGAUAGCCAGGCCUGCAUGCUGGUGUUUUAUCCAGACUUUAAGUCAAGCGGGGUGUCCAGCUCUGGAGGUCCGUCCAGUGUGAGCGAUGUGGUCAUUCUACUGGACUCCUCCAACGCCAUGCGGGGAGACGCCAUGCUAAACGCCCGCAGGAUUGCCCUUCAAGUCCUCAAAUCUCUGGACCGCUCACUGAAGAUCAACAUCAUCUCUUUCAGCACUGAUUACAAGGAAGCUUUUCCUGCACCAGUGCCUUUAGAUGAGGAAUCUGAAGCAGCCAGAAAAUUUAUUAUGUCGUGUAGCGGCUCUGGUGGCAGCACUGAUCUGUGGCGGCCUCUCCGGAUCCUGAGUCUGCUGCCUCCCUGCCGGGGCGUGAGGAACAUCCUGCUGCUCUCUGAUGGACAUGUUCAGAACCAGCCUCUGACCCUACAGCUGGUCCGAGAAAACUCCUGCCACACGCGCUUCUUCACCUGCGGACUCAGCUUGACAGCUAAUCGUCAUAUGCUCAGAGCUUUGGCUCAGGCAGGUGGAGGAACAUAUGAAUUUUUUGACACAAAGAUGAAACACACUUGGACAGAGAAGGUGCGCGCUCAGGUUCAGCGUAUUGAGUCUCCAGGCUGCAGAUCAGUGGCAGUGAAGUGGCAGCAGUUUAGUCCCACAGCGCUCCCUCCUGUUCAAGCCCCUUCACAGCUUCACGCCCUCUUCAGUGACUGUCACUCUCUGGUAUACGGCUUUGUGCCUCACUGCACUCAGGCCACACUGUUUGGUGAUUUGAGUGGACAAGAGAUCAAAACAAUGGUUUCCACCACAGAACUACAAAAGACAAAGGGAACUUUCCUUCACAAGUUAACAGCAAGAGCGAUCAUCAGAGACUAUGAAGAUGGCAUUCUAGGCAACAGUGAGGCAGAACACGAGGGGAAGAAAGCAGAGCUGAAGUCCUACAUCAUUGAGCUCAGUAAAGAGUUCUCCAUCUUGUCCCAGUUCACAAGUUUUGUCGCCAUUGAAGAGAGGGACCAGAAUGAGCUUGACACUGGAUUCACAGAUAUUCCUAAAAUCAUCUCAGAGGAGGAUGUGGAUAUUUUGCCAUAUAUGGGCUGGACUGAAGAGAAGCUGAAGGCCGCGCAUAGUAUUGGUGCUGAAGAUGAUGAUAUGGAAUCAGAAGAAUUGUCCAGUAGCAGCUCCACGUAUCAUGUUUUGGAUACGGAUUGCAUGGAAGAAUACAUUUGGAAUGAAAUAUCUAGUGAAAUUGAUCAUUGCGAAAUGGAGGAUGCUGAGGGAUCUAGUAAUUCUUUUAUAGAAAGGUCUGCAGCUCCCCCUGAACCUCAGCUAAUAUCCAAACCUUAUGCUUCUUGCUACAGUACCAUCCAGAGUCCUUCUCAUUCUGAGAGUAGCAUUGACGUUUUCAUAGGCUCACGCAGGCGUUCUGCAAAUUUAGAUGUGUUUGCUAUUACCGCUCCAAAGCCUUAUAGUGGCCGUGCCACCGCACUUGACCUCUCUGGUAUAUCUGCUCCAAAGUCUCACCGUCGCCAGGCUGCCGCUCCGACUGUUAGUGCCAUCAAGUCCAUACCUUCCUCCAUGAGUGACAGGCCUCCCCUUCACCCUGCCGUAAUGCCUCCUUAUGAUUCCUCCAUGAGUGAUCCCUUUUACUGUACUGCCGCAGUGCCUUCUUUCCUUCAGUAUCCUCCUAUUUUUGCAUCAGCAGACUCUCUGUCCAGAGAUGACAGCCUUCCUCCUGUUGGUGCCAGUCUGCAAAGUACUAGCUCCAUGUAUAAAAGACGUCCCAUUUUACAUGACAGCAGUGCACAUGUAAUACAGUUUGCAGGUCCUCCUGAUUCUACUCAUUUUGCAUCCACACAGUCCAUGUUCACGACUCCCCUGCCACCUCCUCCUCCUCCUUCAAGCAUGAUGGCUGCUGUCCCCGCAAUCUAUUCUCAGUUGUACUUUCCCCCUACAUUUAGUGACUGCAGUAGUAGCCCCACACUUUUGAGUGAGUCUCUGAGUUUGUGUUCCUCAUCAUUUGGACAUUUCUUUGAAGCAUCUCGUCAACAACAAGCACAACAGCAACAAGAAGUGCUGCAAGAUGUGCAACUACAAGAGCAACAAAUAUAUCUGACUUCUAUGAGUUCUGCACCUGCUGCAGACAGUUUCACUUUUGAGCUUGACACUUCUCGAUAUAAGAAAAAAAAAGGAAAAAGAGGAAAGGCAAGCUUGGCACGACAUUUCGCACCACCUCACGACAGCUUGCCAAAAAUGAGAAGAAAAUAUGACACAGUGGCCUGGAAUGAGCUUUUUGAACUUCAAGAUAAGGAUGGAUACUGGGAGUGCACUGACAGGCUGAGCAGCUUCCUCAACCUGGACGUAGACUUUUUUGCCAAUGUCUUCCUUAAGGAGAAAGGCAUCCGUUCUUUUGGUGUGAAGGCUCAUGCUGACAUCCUGAGACUGGUGGCGACUCUUCUGGUGCUGCAGCUGAUCCGGGUGAAGAAGCUGGCAGUGGGACAGCUGCUCGAGUCUCUCCUCCGGCUGAAAGAGUCCCAGGAGCCCAGACCGAUGUACUGGGAAGCAGUGAAGAGGGCCGUGGCCUGGGCCUGCCGGACAGACAGACAGUAUCCGUGUGUGUGCAGCAGGCUGGAGAUCGGCCGGGAUUGGGAAUCAUCUACACGUCAACUACUGGGCUGUGAUUCUCCACACCCAUAUUCCCCACUCAAACCUGUUCUGGAGAGACGUACGGGUGUAUCAGUCAUGUAGAAACUGGACAGACACUUCCCUCUUCAUUGACAGUUGUUGUUUUUGCUGUUUGCUUAAUAUUGCAAAAAUCUUUAUAGCCUUAAAUUGUCUCAAAGAUAUAUUUGGACACUUCAGUCACACUUAAAAUGUCUGAAUUUCAUUGCAAAAUGUAAAUCCAAGUGUCAUUUAUAAAUAAAUGAUGCAAAACUAACUUAACUUUUCUGGAAGGUUCACAGAGCAAUUAACAGCUGCAGUUUAUCACAUUAUACACACUAUGAACAUAAUGCACAAUCUUUAGUUGAAAGUUAAAUUCUUUUAUAUGUUUUUUUUUAAGUAUAUGUAUAGACAUUCAGUCAAUAAGUUUGGCUUCAGUACUCAGUCCAAAUACUUUUUGUGGUACUGUAUUGUUCUGUGUGAACUUGAGGAGAAGUUACUUAAUACAUCCACUAAAAAUCACUUUCAGACCAGCUGGUUAACUGCUUGAAAUGCAUUUAUGGCUAUAUGAUGAGAAUUAUGCUUGGUUAACUGUAUUUUAGUGGUCUUAGUAGAGUUUAAUAAAGCAAUUGUUGUGAAGUUUACGUUAUUGUUAUGUAACAGUAUAAUUGUAUAACCACAAACCAAGUAAUCGCUGUUUUUAUCCGCUUUAUUUCAGUGUUUUAGUUAUUUCAGUA